CGUGCUGGAAAACUCCAUCUGGCAUCCCGCAAUGCCAGAUGAGUCGCGCGCUGUGACGUAAUAACUUCAAUUUCUUUUAUUAAACACUUAAUGUAACCAUAGUUAUGAGAUUUCAAUAGAUGAGUUCCAUUAAAAUUAACUUUACAAAAGAUUUCCUUAAAAACAAAACAAAAUAACCCUUAAAAGACGUGAUAGCGAAGGGACUUAUUGACGUAUGCAAUGAAUACAAAUUACUGCGCGUCAUGGCGUCAGUAAACAUCAUCGCAUGUGCUUUUUGGUGAAAUGUACAAAACGCGCUUUCUUAUGUAUUUUCUUCUCAUAAAAAUGUAAUUUAAGGUAUGCUAGAAAAAGUAUCUGUCAUGUGUGUCCGUUCCGGACCGAAAAAUCCGACCCUCGGGCACGCUGCGUAGCCGGUAACUCGGCAAGCCUCGUUACCUGGCAACGCAGUGCCCUCGGGUCGGAUGUUUCUAUCCGGAACGUUAACACAUGACAGAUAUUAUUUUCUAGCACACCGGAUAGGCAUUUUCGGUGAAUUUAGCCGUGCUGGAAAACUCCAUCCGGCAUCCCCCCAUGCCAGAUGAGUCACGCGCUGUGACUUAAUAAUUUCCUUUCUUUUUAUAAUACACUUUAUGUAAUCAUAAUUAUGAGAUUUAAAUAGAUGAGUUCCAUUAAAAUUAACUUUACAAUUUUUUUUUUAAAAAACAAAACAAAAUAACCUUUAAAAGACGUGAUGUCGAAGGAACUUAUUGACGUAUGCAGUGAAUACAAAUUACUGCGCGUCAUGACGUCAGUAAACAUCAUCGCACGCGCUUUUUGGUGAUACGUUCAAAAACGCGCUUUUUUCAAUGUAUUUUCUUCACAAAAAAAUGUAAUUUAAUGUAUCCUAGAAAAAAUAUCUAUCAUGUGUAUCCGUUCCGGAUAGAAAAAUCCGACCCUCGGGCACGCUGCGUAGCCGGUAACUCGGCAAGCCUCGUUACCUGGCAACGCAGGUACCCUCGGGUUGGAUUUUUCUAUCCGGAACGGGAACAUAUGACAGACAUUAUUAAUAUAAUAAAUAACGUCGCCAUCAUGAAUUUUUAUUUUUUAUUUUUGAUAUAUUACUUUAAAAUAUGUUUUGACUUUGUAACGUUACGCUAAACGGUUAGCUUUAGAAGUAUGCUCGCUUUAUAGCGCCAUGUUAUAUAUUUAGCUGCAAAUAAUCAACAUAGUAUUUAUGGUAUAGACGUAAUAUCCCGUUCGGUGUGAUUCAAUACGAGAAUUAAUCAACUCGUUUACUAAAAUUGAUAAAAACUCGCCAAGGGUCGCUUUAAUCAAUUUUAGAAAUCUCUUAGAAAUAACUUUUCCUUUACAACACCAUUUUUAAUAAAACAAAAGGCAGUCUAUGCCGCUUAAAGAGCCCCGCAUUUGUUUUAUUACCGAAAAUUGAUAAGAUCAUUAGUUUCAUCAAACACUUCGACAAACCUGUUUCCAAAAUAAUGUUUUGACAGUGCUCCGUCAGACGGCCGUAUUGUGAAAAGGUUUGUCGUGGUGUUUAAGAAACUAAUCUCUCAGUCAAACUCUUGUAAAAGACCGAAGGCAGGGCUCCGUAAGCGGCGUAAACUGCGCUGUGUUUCAUUUAAAAUGGUGAAGAAAUAGCGAAGAAAUCUUUGUUUAAAGUCUUUUUUUCAAAUCAAAAUAUUGCCGUCCGACGUAGCAUUUAUGACGCAAUUUAUCAACUGGUAUACACACACUGAUAAAUGACCACUCAUGAAAAUAAAUGACGGCAUAGAUGAGAUGUGAUUAGGUUGUUUGAACACCGCGUCCACGAUAUGUUUGAUUUCUUUAUUGACAUCAAAAAUCUUUUAAAAUAAAAUUUAAGGCUCUUCAGCUCUAGUUCACACUAUUUUAGCUUUCUAUUACCUGUCGCUCUUUUAGACUUUUACAACUCGUGUGUUAGAAGCUAGAUACUCAUGAUUGGUUUCAAGUCAAAGACCACUGUAUACUUAUGGUACUAGUAUACAUUGUUACUUCCAAAACAAAAGAAGUUCGUAACUUAAUACAUUUAAUCAGCAGUUAAUGGUUCUAAUUAAUGAGAAAAUCAAAUAACCCCAAACAAGGAAGAUCUUUUCCACAUGUGCGAAACGACCACCUUGUGUUUGAAGAGAUCUAAAGAGUUUUGUUUUAUAGUUCUAUAGUUCUUGUCAAGGUAAGGACAUACAAUUUAUCAGUUCAAGUACACUUGAAAUAUCUAUUAUCAAUAAUUGCAUUCUCGCUUUAGUGAGAGAAUAAAAUGCUGUAUCGGUCGCAGUAGUCAAAGCCUAUAACUUGAGUUUUUAAAAGGAAACAUGGGAUGCGGGUCAAGUUCUGCUGAAAAGCCACCAGCUAAAGUUAAGGAAGAAAAUAAGCGGAUCGAACAAAAAGAGCACAGAGAAGGAGAUGAAACACAUAAGAAGCAAUAUCAGGACAUCGACCAACAUGCAAAAAGGGCGCCAAACAGUUUGAGGAACUCGGUAGACGAGCUCGUCCAGUACAUGAUGAGAUAUACGAAAGACCAUCGUUUACUCUCCAGAGGGUUCUUUAUAUGGAUCGCAGAAAAUAUAAGAUACGAUCUAGAUGGGUUGCUCGGCAGACAGGCCCGGGCUCCGAACGACGUAGUGUCUGUUAUGAAAAACGGGUUGAGUGUGUGUGAGGGGUAUGCAAGCGUUAUGGAGGCUCUUUGCAAGGUUGCAGGGAUAGAGGUUAAGAAGCUGUCCGGGUAUUCAAAGGGAUUUGGUUAUAGCGGCGAGGAACCUAUCACAUCGUCUCAAUCAACUGAUCAUGCAUGGAACGCAGUAAAACUCGAAGGAAAAUGGUACCUUCUUGACAGUACAUGGGGCGCUGGGCAUGCUGACGGGCACAAUUAUGUCAAAGAAUUUUGCGAAUUUUACUUUCUUACUGACCCUGCUGAGUUUGCGAAUGAUCAUUUCCCUUACAUGAACAAUAACAUGGAAGAAAGCUUGAAGUGGCAGCUUUUAAAGAAUCCGAUAUCUCUUGAAGAGUUCAACAAGAAUGUUCAUCUAAAGUCUCAUGCCUUCAGCCUAGGAGUCGUGCCUAUCAGCCACAAGAAAGGGUUCUUUGAGGUGAGUGAUGAAGCAGAGCUUACAUUUAAGUGGAAGAAAGAACCACUACAAUUUUCUGCCGAUCUACGUCACAUUGAAGGGAACAUGAUCCGAACAAUCAGGGAUAAGACAUUGGCGAGUAUUGUAAAUGGCGUCUGCACAAUAACUAUUCACCCGCCCCAAACUGGAAAAUACGAACUGAACAUAUUUGCGAAGAAAAGAAGCGACGAUGGAAACUCUCUUCAACAAGUGGCAGUCUACUAUUUGAGAUGUAAGUCUGUCAAAGAAAGCGAGUUUGCCUUUCCAACAGUUUAUUCUUCAAGUCACGUUCAAGGAUGCAAAAUGAUAAAACCAAAAAAUGCUAUGCUUCCAUCCAACAGCAUCGUCGACUUUGAGGUUCUUGCUCCACAUCUUGAAAUGGUCAGCAUCAACAAGCAGAUGUUACAAAAGGAGGGGUCAUCUUUCAAGGGGAAAAUAAAAACGGGAGACAAAGGAUACCAGUUUAAUGUCAGUGCCGCUGUCAAAGAAGGAAACAUUACAACAUUUGAGGGAAUGUUUCAAUAUUAUACAGCAUAGACAUUCGGACAUUUCCAAUAAAAGGAAGUAUCUUUAUUUACAAUAAAUGGAUACUGGUGGUUUAUGGAAAUAUGGUGCAUGAGAAAUGCAUAUAUCAUAGAACAGAGAAAGUAUGCGAUAGUUGUAUAUUUGCAGUAAAAGAGUGAUCGCUAUUUACUACCAUCGUCCAUGUUACACUCCAUUUCUAUGUUAUUUAUGUAUAAUCGACAUUAUUAAUAAUAUUUGCUGCGUAUUGAAUAGACACUUUUAGUUGUUGGUGUGUUCUUAAGUAAAUGUUCUUAAUGUCUAAUAGAAGUUACUCAAAUGGUCUUACAUCACCGUCAUUAGCUUCACUUUAGUAACAUACAAAUAUGUCGAAGUACUGUUCAAGUGAUCCGAACCACAAUUCAAUUGCUUUAAGCAUAGUUAAGUCCAGACAAACACGUCUCAUGCUAAUUAUUUAUAAGCAUAGGAAUACUAAACUCCAAACCUAUUUGAUUUAAAUGAAUACCAUUCCAUAUGUUUAUUUAAUCCUUGCCAAUGAUGAUAUCAUUAUAUCGCAAUUAACGUUUACUGUUUGAGUAUGUAUGAUUCUUGUUUGUUUCAUAGCAUGUUUUAUCCCGUGUAUGAAUUUACGUUUAUUACAAUGAUAUAUGACCACCGGCCCAAUCAUUUAUAUACAUCAAAUAUGUAUUAUUAUAACAGGUAUAGAAUGUCCGAUAUUUUCAAAAUAAUGUACGACGACAUAACAUACAUACACGUACUGUUAUAGGAUAAUAUUGAAACCUUUAUAUAUAUAUAUAUUUGGAGCUCAUAUUAUAUGUCAUUCAUAAACUGUAUAAUAUUAGUCAGAUGUAUACUCAUUUUGCAAAUA